AUGUCCUGGCAGCAAAACCCUUACCCGCCUCAGCAAGGUUACGGCGCACCUCCCCCAAUGCCGCAAGGUGGCUACGGUGGAUACGGAGGUGGCGGCUAUGGUCCUCCUUCUGGACCACCUCCUCCUCAAGCGCCGUAUGGCGGCGGCUAUGCAGCUCCUCCUGGUCCGCCGCAACACCAUCAUCAACACCACCACCAACAGCAUUAUGCUCCUCCCACUCCUCAGCAUGGUUAUGGUGCACCCGCACCACCUUCCGGCGCCUAUUACCUCGGUGUACCCGUCCCACCCCCGCCGCCCAACAUGCCUGCCCCUCCUCCGCCCGGCUACAACGCAGCACAAGAUGUCGAAAAGAUCCGUAAAGCUACCAAGGGAUUCGGCACCGACGAAGGCGCCCUCAUUGCCACAUUAGCUCCCCUCGACGCCUACCAGAUCGACGCGCUUCGCAACACGUUCAAGGCGACUGUAGGCAAAGAUCUGCUCAGUGUCCUCGAAAAGGAAACCUCUGGCUGGUUCGAGGCAGCACUACGCGCCAAGGUGCUCGGCCCCGUUCUGUACGACUGCUGGCUCAUCAAGCGCGCCUGCCAGGGUGCAGGUACGCACGAAGACCUUCUCAACGAGGUCAUCCUCGGCAGGACCAACUCAGAGAUGUACAUACUCAAACAAGCGUACCACGCUACUUACGGUAAAAACAUGGAGAAAGUCGUCGAGGACGAGCUGUCGUUCAAGACCAAGCGCAUGUUUGUUAUGGCCAUGCAGGGCGUUCGCCAGGAAGACAACCUUCCUGUCGACCAACGCGCCGUCGAAGCCGAUGUCGCUGCUCUCCACAACGCUGCUCGCGGCGCCGGUACCGACGAGAUCGCCAUCUGCGGCAUCCUGGUUCAACGCAGCAGUCCUCACCUUGCCGCCGUUGCACAGGCCUACCAGCACCACCACAGAAUUCCUUUGUCCAAGAUGAUCGAUUCCGAGUUCUCAGGUCACAUGAAGGAUGCGCUCAGAUACAUUGUCGACGGCGCCGAGCACGACGGCCAAGGCAUCACCCGCGACGCCCGCCUUCUCGAGGACAGCAUGAAGGGCAUGGGUACCAAGGACGAGCGUCUCGUCUACCGUGUAGGGCGCCUGCACUGGAACAAGCCGCGCUUCGAGGGCCAGAUCAAACCCGCCUAUGCACAGCUCUUCCACAAGCGCGGUCUCAAGAACCGUGUUGAGGGCGAGACUAGCGGCGAUUACAAGCGCAUGCUUUCGGCUAUGAUUGGGUCGUAG